AUGGAGCCUAACCCGCACCACGCGGAUGUGCUGCGGGGCCUGAAGCGGCGGUACGCGCCCGCCAGGAUCUUGGUCCUGAAUGGCACUGCUGCCUCCAACCGCGACGGCACGCAGCCCUUCUUCAUCCUAGGUUCGCAUCCGAUGUAUCAUGAGUGGGGCUCCUCCCUCCUCGACCGGGCCGGCGGGAGCAGCGCCGAUCGCGGCCACGUCGACAUUCGCACCGUCGACCUCGCGCGGUGGACGCACAGGGAGGUGCUCCGCCGAGCACCGAAGCCACACAGCAAGAGGCGGUCGGCAGCGCUGCCCCCCGCUGUCGUGAUGAAGCUCGAUGUCGAGGGCGAGGAGUACAACGUGCUGCCCAAUAUGCUCGCGCAUGGCGUGCUCUGUCAGCUCGACGCCGUCUUUCUGGAGUAUCACGACGCGUCAACAAGGCACAGAGAUAUCGAGAACCGCUACAAGGUGCCGGCUGCGUUCCAAAAGACGAUCAACUAUCUAGUAGCCCAUGCCGGGCGGUGCAACGUCACCAUCCAGACGCUCGGCGCGAAUGAGAUCUGA